AUGAUAUCAUCCUCCAGCCUUAUUCGCAGUAGUUGUAGUCGUAGUAGUAGUAGUCAAAAUCAUCAAUCAUUAACAUCAUCAACUAUUCAUUAA